AUGAAGAUUUCUACUUCUCUUACACUGGCCGCUGCCAUUUCAUCGGCUUCAGCACAUACGAUAUUCGUUUCUCUCAACGGAGGUGCUGUGGGUGAUGGCGUCCGGGUUCCUUCUUACGAUGGCCCAAUUACAGACGUAUCAUCUAACAAUAUAGUCUGCAACGGCGGACCAAACCCCACAACCGCAACCUCCAAAGUCAUCACCGUGCAAGCCGGCUCAACAGCCAAGCUGACAUGGCGACACACUCUCACCUCCGCUGCUAGCGAUGUCAUCGACCCGAGUCACAAGGGACCCGUUAUGGCGUACAUGAAGAAGGUGUCUGAUGCGACCAAGGAUUCUGGUGUUGGCGGUGGCUGGUUCAAAAUCCAACAAGAUGGCUUCGACGGUACAAAAUGGGGUGUGGAACGCCUGAUCUCCGCCUCUGGCGUCCAAACUGUCACAAUUCCACAAUGCAUCGCUCCAGGGCAGUACCUGCUCCGAGGCGAACUCAUCGCUCUGCACGGCGCGCAAAAUGCGAACGGUGCGCAAUUUUAUAUGGAGUGUGCCCAAAUUAAUGUUACCGGAGGUUCGGCAAGUAAGACGCCUGCGACAGUGAGCUUCCCUGGUGCGUACAAGGCGACGGACCCCGGGAUUUUGUAUAAUUUAUAUGCCGGCCAGAAAACUUACACGGUUCCGGGGCCGAGUGUUUUUACUUGUUAA